UGAAGACCUCCAACAAGACGAUUUGUCGGAGGGCGUUUCUUUGCUCUAGAUAGAUCUCCAUUGCCAGGCCCUCGUAUAAAUCAGGAGGUCGCUUGCAUUCAGUGGGAGAUUAUCACCACUAGCCCCAUGCCCAUCAGCCUUCCAGGUCCUUGCAUCCCUCUACUCAGUGAAUAGUGUUAGUUACUCCCUACUAAUCCCGUCAUUGACUGCGGAGUGGCACUGCCACUGGCAGUCUGUGCCACGGACCGGUGAUGUCCUCUAAUAAGUCUAACCGAGGUAAUGACUUUUCAGCUAUGGCCAAAUCAUCCUGCGCCAAGGCCGGAGCCGGUCUGAAGAGUCUAUUUGCUAGUAGUAGUAGCAAGCAGGCUACACAGUCAGGCUGUGGACCGCCGCAAUCCGAACCACUAUCACCAGAGAUCCAGCAAAAGCUGGAGAGAAGGUGGCGUCUGAUCAACGUUGGGCUGAAUAGCGACCGCCUGGAUAUGAUGGUGACUAAUUGCUCUGGGCAAUGGCGAGAGCUGGCGAGAAAGCUACCGGAUCGCACCAGUAUUGGCAGUAACAACAGUCACGCACGUUUCUAUCAGGAAGCGGACCUGGCGCGCUUAGCGGAGGCGAGUAGCGAUUCGGAGCGCUGCCGCGCAGCCAUAGUGGAAUGGAUGACGGCCAGUAGUGAGCAUGGCUUGCGCGCACUGGUGCAAGCCAUGAAGGAUGCGAAGCGCGGGCUUUGCGCAGAAGAGCUGCUCCAAUCAGUGCUGGAAGAGAUCGAAAACAGUGCUGAUAACACAGAGGCAUUUGCUGCUGAAAGUGGUUCCGACGUGAUUAUAAAGCACUCAGAGCUGGAUAUGGCAAAGCAGACCGUUGGAGAGAGCAGCCAGGGAAGCAUGGUCGACAAGGCAACCUGGCGCCGCGUUCCCGUCGCAGUCAAGCGCCUGCGCGAGUCCGAGUGCAGUGACAGGAUGACGCGGCGCGAGUACAGCGUUCUGAAAACACUGCGACACCCGAACGUCUUGACCGUCUAUGGCAUCCUGGCGUUGGACGUGACAUGCGCAGGGAUCGUCCUGGAGCUAGCUGACACGUCCCUCCAGCAGCGCUACAGAAAGCAGCCGCAUCUGGACUUUGCGGAGACGGUGGAUAUACUUGCUGAUCUUGCCGAUGGAUUAGCGUAUCUGCACGCGCGCUGUAUUGUUCACCGAGCAAUUUCAUCCAGCAACAUUCUGCUGUUCCUAUCUGACGAUCCAUGCAAGAGUCCCACUGCCAAAAUUGGCGACUUCCGUUUGGCCAAAUCAACUGCCCCGGGGUGGUCAUUGGAGCUUGCGGACAACAUGUUGUUCACACCGGCAACCCCGUACACUGCUCCAGAAUAUUCUCCCAGGGCUGAAGGUGAAGCUCCCAAGUAUUCGUUGCUUGUCGAUGUCUACGCAGCCGGAUGUGUGGGUGUGGAAGUGCUUCUGCGCCAGUUACCAGCGUCGCCGAAUGAUCUAUCAUGGGAAGAGCAACUCUCUGCCCAGGGCUGCCCUAAAGACUUCAUUGACUUGCUGAAAGCCUGCUUGUCACAGGAACCAGUCUACAGGCCAUCCAGCGAAGCACUCAUGAGCGGAAUGUUGACAGCGAGGGGUGGAAGUACCUACACCACAGCUGUGGAGCAGAGGCUGGCAACAAAAUCCGACCAAGCAGAGCGCAACCGGCUGAAAGAAAAGCUGGCUGACAGUGAAACUCGCACGAAGGGUGUAGAGAUGGCUGCUGCUCAGAUGUCAGAAAAAUACAAGGAAGAAGUGGAGAAGCGGUCUGCUUUAAAUGAAACUUGCCUGGAAAUAGAAGCCCAGGUAAAGAAGCUGACCGAGGCCACAACACAGCCUCAAGUUCAGCAUGGGUCAGAGUCUGGCCAACAGUACCCGGUAGAUGACCAACGACAAGAGGAUGACAACACGAAGGCCCAGCAAGUACUGGGCGCACUCGUAGAUGUAGAGGCUGCCAUAUACUCUCUGCACCAAGAUGUUUCCGCCCUACAGGAUCAGCUUGCCAAAACCAGUACGGCCCAACAGUGCCUGCUCGAAGAGCAAGACACGACACUCAGCAGACACAAUUCCACCGUCAGCUCCCUUAACGCUAGCCUGCGGGAUAAGACUACCCAGGAGGAGGAUCAAACGGCAGCCUUGAAGAGCGUUACCGAUGCUCUAGAGGAAAGGAAUGCGGAGGUGAACAGACUGAAAGCAGAGUGUGCAGACGCAGUUGCAAAGGCGGAGAACUUGCAGUGGGAAUGUGAUCUGAACAAGGCGCUACUGGCAUCAGUGGAAGAGACCGCACCUCAGGCUGGCAAGGAAUAGUGCAGGUCUGUCCCACAGCCGGAGUCAGCGUCCAGAGGUAGUACACGGCCCAGACUGGCACUGCGACGCACACAACAGUGACGGUGUUGAUCACUGGCAGGCUACGCGCGCGUGUUGCUUUGGACACGUGUUAAGAGCCUCUUGAUAUGUAAGCGUCAGUGUACGUGUAUGCUUGGCUGAACUGGUUUCGGCCAAUUUAAUCUUUUCAGAAGUUGAUCUUGAUCAAACACAAAAAAUUUCUUUCCCACCCAUUACUAAUGCCCUGCGUCUAAGGACAAAACUAUAAGUGUCAGGGAUCAGUCGCUGGCCUCCGCUGCGCACGGCACGUGGUGGACAUGCAUUUGCUUAUUCCUUGACCUUGAUCUACUUACUGCACCUUGAAAGGUUGUUGAGAUGAGUGCAUGCAUAUGCACAUGCGCACACACACACACACACACACACACACACACACACACACACACACACACACACACACACACACACACGCUUGAGAUUUUUAACGCACAUUUUUUUGUUGAGUAUCACCUCCACCAUUACACUGCGCUCUUUUUUGUUUUGCUUUUUUGAGAACUUUUUAAGAUGCAAGAAAUAAUGAUGCGCCUCCUUCGGGAGAAGACGAAAUGUAACUGUGGAGAUUGGGUCACACACACGCACACACACAUACACACACGCACGCAUGCACACACACAUGCAUACACGCUUGAGAUUUUUAGCACACAUUCUUUUGUUGAGUAUCACCUCCACCAUUACACUGCGCAUGCGCUCUUUUUUUGUUUUGCUUUUUUGAGAACUUUUUAAGAUGCAAGAAAUAAUGAUGCGCUUCCUUCGGGAAAAGACGAAAUUUUGCCACACACACACACACACACACACACACACACACACACACACCGGCACACACACACACACACAUGCAUACACGCCUGAGAUUUUUAAUACACAUUUUUUUGUUGAGUAUCACCUCCACCCACUGCGCUCUUUUUUUGUUUUGCUUUUUUGAGAACUUUUUAUGAUGCAAGAAAUCCUUCGGGAGAAGACGAAA